UUUGGGGACGGGAUUUAGCUAAUUGAUUCCUUAAUUUUUUCAAAUGCAUCAUAAUUAAUCUACAAGUAUUUAGCUAGAGUAUUUGUCCCUUAUUCAUUUUUCUUUACAAGUAAAUAACGAAAUUCCGUACAAAUUUACUUCACAAAAAAAAAAAAAAAAAAAAAAAAGUUGUACUCUGUAGUAUGGAAAACAAAACCUCGAGACUCCAUGGGACACGUUUGAGCUCCACAAUGUUCCAGAUGUUUCGAGAAAGGAGCAGAAAUGUUGGGAAAAUUAUCCAGAAUUCUCUCUUCCAAUUAUUUAAUUCCACCUUUUUCCACUUCAACUUCACUCUUCGACGCGAUUCUCACUUAAUCCACAUCAAUUUCAAUUAAACUCUCGUACAGGUUUUCAGGUGUUUUCGAGUAACCAGAAAUUAUGGCACUAAUUGAGGAAAUGGGAGGUUUUGGAAAUUUGAUGAAUGAUCAAGACCUUUUAACUAAGGUAUUAAACCAGUUUACAAAACGAGACAUGAAUCCUGGAGAUAGGACUACUACUCCUUUAGCUGAUAUCCUUUCCAACCCCAAGGAAUACGUUUUCUACAUCGAUGUCCCCGGCCUCGCCAAGUCUGAUGUUCAGGUGCAACUGGAGGAUGAGAAUAUACUAGUGGUUAAGGCGAAUGGGAAGAGGAAGAGGGAAGAUGGAGAAGAGGAAGGUUGCAAAUAUCUCAAGCUCGAAAGAAGUCUUCCGCAGAAGAUGAUGAGGAAGUUCCGGUUACCUCAAGAUGCUGAUGCUUCUACCAUUUCGGCUAAAUGCGAAAAUGGAGUUCUUACUGUCACUGUCAAGAAGAUCCCUCCCUCUAAGCCUAAGACUGUUCAAGUUGCUAUCUCCUAGAAUGUUCAUAGAGCAGGGCGAAUUCGAUUCGAGUAGGAUGUAAUGAGUUUGGGGUGUUAGAUUUGUAGUUCUUUCCUAGGAGCUGGUAGCAAAAUAACUGUAGCUGUGUGUUUAGACCAACUAUGUGGUUCAAGGAUAUGUAAGGCAAAUUGUGAUUAGUAUCUAAUGUCUUCCAAGUGCCAA